CGCGGCAUGAGUCGCCUGUUGCUCCUUCUAGUAAAAACCCCGCAGCUCAGUUGUGUUGUGGCGCUGUGCUCGGAGUCCGCUUGCUCUCUGACAACCGCGUUGCUCUUUCUGGACUCUUCGCCUCACUGGUUAACGCGGGGACGUUGAAGCAAAAUGCCGCUAUCUGGACCAGAGGCCACGCUUUGAGAUGGAGAAGAAGACCUUUGCAGAAGAUGACUGUGUGGAUUCAGGAGCAGAGACAGGGGGCUGUUAAGCGGAGAUGCGCCUCGGGUCCUCCUGCGAUCUGAUUACAGCCCUCUGUCCUCAACGAGCAGUAAGUAACCCCGACACGAAGCAGAGCGAGCAGCAACACGUACAAACUCACAGCUCAGGUGAGUUAUCCAUGGGCGAGCUCCAAGAUCCAUUCCUGGUCAGCGUCCACCUCAUCACCGACCCCGGUCAGGGCAAGUCCCUGCAGCGUGCCGCCGACGCCGUGCUGGCGUGGGUCCACCCUGAGCUGCAGCUCUUCAGAGUCUCUGAGCGGGCGUCCGCCUCCCAGCGGCCCUGGCCCAAGCGGCACCAGAAUGGCGGCCCGUCCGCGGGGCCUCAGCCGGCCGUGGCCGUCAUCCUCUUCCUGCAGGAGGCGUACGGCGGCGAGGAGCAGAUCCUGACGCUUCACCGCGCCCUGCAGAGGCCGCCGUGGCGCUACCACCACACAGAGAACGUCAGCAACGGCCGCAGCAUGCUGCCUCUCACGCCCUGCAGUCAGGACUUCUUCACCCUGUCUCCCGGCACGCCGCUGUGGGCCGUGCGGCAGGUCCACUACGGCAAGGAGAUCGUGCGCUUCACCGUUUACUGUUGCCACGAAAACUACGUCGACAUGGUGCGGCUUUACAAGCUGCUGCUGCAGCGACGCGUGGCGCAGAAGAAGGAGGACUUUUGUUUCUUUGUGGUCUACUCCAACCCCGACAUGGAGAUCCAGCUGUCGUUUAAGAGGCUCCCGCGGGGCCAGAACCCCGCCGCGCUGGAUUCCGCCGUGAUGGAGGUGAGGGUGCGAGACGUCGGCGUGCUGGUCCCGCUGCUGCCGCACCCCUGCAGCCCUAUCAGUGACGUCCGCUGGCAGACGGAGGACUAUGACGGAAAUAAAAUCCUGCUGCAGGUCCAAGGAGCGUGCUUGAGAAGCCGGCGGGAUCCCUGCUACGUAGCCCCCGCUGUCGCCGAGCCAGUCUCCGCUCCGGCCACCUUCGCCCGCACCGUCGCCUCCUACAAAAACCGCCGUCAUCAGCAGAGAGCGGCCUCCCGUCCCCGGGGCCACCAGACCUCCUCCCACAGCUCCCUCCGUCUGGCCUGCGAGGAGCGGGCUGAGCAGGAGGAGUGGUCCGACCGGCUGAGUCCUGACUGCCGGAAGCCCCCGCGGAGGGGCCACCAGUCGGGCUCCCUUUUCUCCCUACCCAACCUGGGCUCCACCAGCCCCACAUGUGACGCCCCUGCUCCAUCUUCCAACCUCCACGACAGAAGCUGCUCCCUCAAGAGGAGACCCUCGCUCGUCCCGCCUUUCCGUCUGAACGUGGACUCUCUGGUCGGCGCGGAGGAGACCGACGUGGACACGGGGAACAAAGUGGACCAAGGCAGCGGCGCCGACCUCUCGGUGGUGUCUGCGUACAUCAAAUCCAGCCUGCCCCUCACCCCCCGGCCACUGUCGGCCCCCCCGGAGGACGUCAGGCCCCCCUUCUCCCCUGACGUUCCAGACAACGCGUACAAGUCGGCCACCCUGGGCCGGGCGCCUAACAGCUUCUGCCGGGGGACGCACCUCCAAAGCAGCAGCUUGAGCACCAGUGCCGCACCGUCCUCGAGUGACGUUUCCAUCAACCUGUCCGACAGCUGCAGCAUCAUCAGUGCGCCGGCUGAGGAGCGGGUAGAAGAGGAGCAGGAAUUCUACAUUUGACAGACGGUUUGAGGCUGAGAGGGCUGAACGAGGCCAGC